AUGACAUCUUUGCUGACCUCCUCGCCCCCACCCGGGAACCCGCUCCGCGGGCCCGCAGCCCUGCAGCCGCCCGGGCGCCCCGCCUCGACCCCCGCCUCACUUUCUCAGCAGUCUCCACGCCCCCUCGCGCUCGCGCUCGCGCUCGCGCUCGCUCCUUUAGGGCCGCCUCGGAGACCCUUUCCUCCCGGAGCCGCUUUUCCUCGCAGGCGUCGCUUUCCCCUCAAAGACCCACACAGGGCUCCCGACCGCGGGCGCUCCCCUACCUACUCCCGGAGGAACCUGCCAGGCCCGCCCGACGUCUCCCGGCCGCGGAGCGCUCCUCGCUUCCUAGCCCGACGCCGCGGCGAGCGGGCGCCAGUUCCGCGUCUGCACCGGGGGGGCGCGUACCACUCAGAGCUGAUGCGGGAGGGGGAGGCGGAGGGGGCUGGGGCCGUACCAUUCGCCGCCCGGGGGCCGGGGCCGCAGCAAGCGGAGCCCGGUUGCGCACACACCUACCGUGGUGGGAGUGGGAACGGGAUGGGAAGCACUGGGCCAGCCCAGUGCAGAUGCCAAUGGAAAAAGUGAGACACUUUAUACACACGCAUGAAGUGUACUGCUGAGUUACUGCUGAAGAACCAACCCCUCCCCCACAGAAAGAGCACCUGCUUCUACCUGGAUCAUUAAAGGGGAAGGAGCACCUAAGCUGCGGG